UUUCUCAUCUGAUAGCUACUUCCUUUUUCUCUUUUCUAUUUUCAUAUUUUUUCUUGUGCUGUGGGUUUGGUUGGUGGAGUGGAGGUUGUUUCUCUGGUGUCCCUUUGAAGCGACAACGUUGUUUCUUUGGUUUUCCAAUUGAAUAUGGAUUGGAGGGUUGUGGGUCAGGUGGGCCUUUGAGGACAUCUAUUUUGCUAUAUCUUCGUCACUACUGAGAUAAUAUAACAUGCAGACCCCUAAAUCAAGGCCCCGUUCUCUCGAUGUGCCAAAGAGACCAUCUCCUACCACAUAUCGAACCGCCCGCAAGCUCAAAACUCCAGGAUCAGAUUCUGAUUCUGCUUCAUCUCCAAAUCCAGUUAGCAAAACACCAAAAGACAGAAGUCCUAAAGUUGUCGAUCGCAAGUCACCACGAAUUCCGGCAAUUGAGAAGAAAAGACCAAGCAAAGUUUCUGAACUGGAACCUCGCAUUGCCCAGCUCCAGGAGGAACUGAAGAAGGCAAAGGACCAGUUGAGCUCAAGUGAGUCAUCGAAGAGGAGAGCUCAGCAGGAGGUGGAAGAAGCAAAAGAACAGCUUGCUGCGAUGAUGGCAGAACUUGAGGAGACUCAGAAGCAACUGAAGGAAAUUUCUGAAUCUGAGGAAGAUCGAGUCCAGGAGUUACGUAAGAUAUCUCAGGAUCGGGAUAAAGCAUGGCAGUCCGAAUUGGAGGCAUUACAGAAACAGCACUCGUUGGACUCAGCUGCUUUGGCUUCUGCAAUGAACGAGGUACAGAAGCUCAAGAUUCAGUUGGAUAGGGUUUGCCAGUCAGAAGCUGCUCAAGCUCGGCAUGCUGAAUCGGCACAUACUGAGAUUCAGAGCUUGAGACUCGAACUCACGGAAACUCUUGUGUUGGUUGAGAAAUUGAAGGAGCAGUUAAAUGAUAGCAGAGAAUCUGAAGCCCGGGCCGUUGAAGAACUUAGUAGAGCUCAAAUGCAAUUGGAAGUUGUGAAGAAUACUGAGGGGACUCUAAAGUCGGAGCAUGCUAAUGCAAUGGAAUUGUAUAAGUCUUUGCUAAUGGAGUUGGAGCAGUCAAGAGAUAGAGUAAACUCAUUGGAGGAGCUUGUCGCAGACCUCCAGGCUGAUCUGGGUAAAUUCAGCAAGAUGUCGGAACAUCCUUCAACUGAAGUUAAAAUCUCAUCUGGAAAUGGGGAAUGUGAUGAAUCAGAAGUUAUGAAAACUGAGAUUAAUAACUUGAAAAAUGAAGUGGGUCAACUAAGAGCUGCACUGGAGGCUGCUGAAAGUAGCUACCGGGACGAAUAUAUUCAGAGCACGUUGCAAAUUAGAAACGCCUAUGAACUUGUGGAGCAUGCAAAAUCAGAAUCACGCCAGAGAGAAGCUGAAUUGGAGGCAAAGCUAAAGGAAUCUGGGGCUGAAGUUGAGGAAUUGAGGACACAACUGCUCGAAAAAGAAAAUGCACUGCAAAGCAUUUCGUGUGAAAACAAGAGUCUGAACCAAAAGUUGGCAGAAAACCAGCAAGCUCAGAGAGAUACUGAACUUGAGAUCAAGCUACAAAAGUCAGAAUCAGUGCUGGAGGAUCUCAGGGCGAGCUUACUGGACAAAGAGGCGCGUUUGCAAAUCAUUGCUGAAGAGAAUGAGAAGCUGAAAUCUGAAAUCACGAAUAGGGAAACUGAAAGAAGCAAAGCAAACCAAGAGGCCCUUGCUUUAGCAGAAGCAGCUAGAGCUGCAGAACGGGAGGCCUUAAUGAAGCUCGGUUCUUUGACAGACGAAGCGGACAAAAGUUGUAAAAAAGCUGCACGGGUUUCAGAGCAGCUCGAUGCAGCUCAGGCCGCUAACUCCGAGAUGGAAGCUGAAUUACGGAGAUUGAAAGUGCAAUCUGAUCAGUGGAGAAAGGCUGCUGAGGCAGCUGCUGCAAUUCUCUCUUCUGGCAAUAAUGGGAAAUACGUCGAAAGGGCUGGCUCUUUCGACUACAAUACCAUUGGUUCUAAGUUGAGCUCCCAAGAUUCUGAAGAUACAGAUGACGAGUCACCGAAGAAGAGAAAUGGAAACAUGCUGAAGAAGAUUGGUGUGCUGUUGAAGAAAGGGCAGAAGUAAAACGUAAAAACACUUCAAGAUUUGAUUUCUAGCUGAUUAUUUUUGUCUGGGUGGAAUGUAUAGAGUAUUAUGUGGGACUUCUGUGAUUUCACCUGUCUUGUUUGUCCUGCCAUGAUCCUGCUCCUUGUUUCUUUUUACGACAGAAUGAUGGUAAUUCUGUUUCUAUUGUGACCAUUUUGGUUGGAUUUAAGACCAGUAUUCCUUUUCAA